AUGAGCGAUGAGGUGAUGACACAACAUGAACUUAUUAAAAGAUUUUUCGUACUGGAAGAUUUGCAUUCAAUGAAUUACGGAGUUUAUGCUGAUGGAAGAUUGUCGAUUGUGGAUUUCAAGGUUGGUGACAGCUACGGGAAUGCUGAAACAUACUGGGAAAGUGGAAACAGACAAGAAAGGCAAAGAGUUGCCCGACAGUGUUUCGAAUCCUGGAAGCUCGAAGAGAUGGUUAUAAAAGCAAAGGAUUCCAUCAAUGAGAAAACUCUUCAGGAUGAACGGGAUUCAAGUUAA